AUGACGACAUUUAAACCUCUUGUUGAUGCUGAAUGUGGCACGACGAAUCCAUUAAUUAAAUUGAGUGAAUUGUAUAAAGAAGAUAAAAAACUUGUUAUACAAGAUGGAAUAAAUCCGUCAUUAAUUAAUUUUUCUGACACAAAUUUAACUAUUAAUUCUGAUACAAUUGUUGAUGAACUUGUUAAUGAAUAUCAUAGACCUAUUAUUGCACCAAAUACAUUUCAUCUUGAAAGUCUAUUAAAAGAUUUACAUCCAUCUGAUCCACAAUAUGAAUGGACUAAACAAUUUCUUGAUUCAUGCUCCACUUAUGAUCUACCAUCUUCUCCUCCGCAAAGUCUAACAUUGUACGAACAAAAUUAUAUUCAAUCACCCGCAUGUUUUAUACUUCACCCAAAUCCUAUUUUUCUUGAUCAACAACCGUAUCCUAUUGAUGCAGAGUUUAACAAUGAUACAGUUGAAGCUACAAAUAAUAUUCUUUCUUUACUUCAAGAAAGUCAAUUUGCAGCUAAUACUGAAUGUAAAACGUCGGUGAAUGAUAUAAACGUUCAACAUGAUACUGAUGCAUUGAAUGAGAAUAAACGACAAUCUGAUGCGAAUCUAUCAUUAUUCAACGAUCAAACUCCAAGUUCACAAUUAUCUUCGGGCCAACUUAAUAAUCAUACUGGAUAUAAAUUUAUUCAACCUAAUCCCUUUUUUGAUUAUAUCAAUCCAUAUGAAGAAGGACUUAAACAUUUGGAAGUUCAUGAUAUUGUUAAUGCUAUUUUAUUCUUUGAAGCUGCUGUUCAAAACAAACAUGAUCAUACUGAUGCAUGGCUUUGUCUUGGUAUAACUCAAAGUGAAAAUGGACAAGAUGUUCAUGCGAUUGAUGCAUUAAAAAAAUGUAUUGAACUCGAUUCAAAAAACACUCAAGCUUAUAUAACAUUAGCAUCAUGUUAUGCAAAUAAAAUGUUAAAAAGAGAAGCACUUAAUUCUCUACAUCAAUGGUUAAUAAAUCAUAAUAAAUAUUCUCAUCUUCUAUCUAAUCAUCGAUUACAUUCAAUUCGAGAUAUUGAAAUAAUUUUUGAAGAUUUAAAAAAUUUAUUUUUACAAGCAAUUUUAUUAUCGAAAAAUUCGAAUACAAUCGAUUCUGAUCUACAAGUUUGUCUUGGAAUAUUAUUUUAUUUAUAUGAUGAUUAUAACAAAGCAACAGAAUGUUUCAAUACAGCCAUUCUAGCUAAACCAAAUGAUGCUCUAUUAUGGAAUAAAUUAGGUGCUGCAAUAGCAAAUAGUGGUCUUAAUGAACAAGCUGUUAAUGCUUAUUAUCAUGCAUUAAGAUUAUCACCAGGUUUUAUUCGUGCUCGUUAUAAUUUGGGUAAAAGUUGUUUAAAUUUAAAUGCAUAUCGACAAGCCAUUGAACAUUUUUUAAUUGCACUUAAACAACAAAAUAAUGUAUAUUCACAAAUGUCGGAUGAUAUUUGGCACACACUUGCAAUUGCUAUUGAUUGUUUAAAACGACCAGAUUUAAUAGAAUAUGUUAGAUACAAAAAUUUAUCAAAAUUACUCCAUGAAUUUGAAAUCGAAUGA